AUGAAACAAUCAUUUCUACUAUAUUGGACAAGUGUUCUUGUUCUCGCAGUACUUUCAGUAGAGUCUGCACCAAGCUAUGGUUGUGGAAAAGCAGUUCCAAGAAACUUUUCUGCCGGUCAAACAACGUCUAUGGUAAUUCCUUCAACAAAAGGUCAACCCGUUCGCCAUUACAAAGUGCAUCUUCCAGCAACGUUUAAGAACGAUAAACCACACGCUGUAGUUUUCUCCUUUCAUGGUCAUAACGGUGACAUGGCUAAACAAGAAGAUCUAUCUCAGUUCUCUGACAAAGGACUACUUAUUGGUAAUGCGGGUAUUAUUGCUGUUUAUCCUCAGGGAAAAGCAGGAACAGAUGGAGAGACCGCUUGGCAAGGUGCGCCCUACUCUGAUCCCCGAGUGGAUGAUAUUCUGUUCGUCAAAACAAUGAUCUCGACUUUGGAAGGCAUGUUCUGUGUGGAUCCAUCUCGAAUCUAUGCAGCUGGCAAAAGUAAUGGUGGAGGAUUUGUGAACCUGUUAGCUUGCACACCAUCAAUUGCUUCAAAGAUUGCUGCUUUCGCAACUGUUUCAGCAGCUUUCUAUACAACUACAUUCAAUGGCAACUGUCCUACAAAUCGUGCUAUACCUAUUCUGGAUUUUCAUGGCACCGCAGAUAAGGUCGCACCAUACAGUGGCGGACGAUCACACAAUGGUACGCUAGUCGCUGUGAAAACUUUUCGGCAGGGAUGGGCAUCACGCAAUGGAUGUCAAGGCAAACCAGCUAUUUCUCAUCGACCAAGAGCAAGUGAUCCUCAAGAGUUGGUUGAAAUUCAAACGUGGAGCAAAAACUGUAGAGCAGGUAGCACUGUUAUCGGAUAUAAAAUUAAAAAAGGACAACACGGAUGGCCACGCAGAACAUUGCCAGCAAACUGCAAAGGUGCUAAACGAAAAAAUGACUGCACUACAACCGUGUUUGAUGCAACGGCGAGCGUUAUCAUUCCUUUCUUCAACAAAUAUUCUUUAUAA